ACAUACAUUAUGUCAAAGACAUUUAAAAAGUUGUCUGUCGUUAACUUAAGUCCUAACUUUCGUGAAUCGGUCGCUAAAGUAUUGGCACCGUUAGUACAGCCAACUGAUGACCAGAUAUUAAUGAAAGUAUUUUACGUUGGGGUCAAUGCCGCCGAUGUUUUGAUAACUGAUGGUUUUGCUUUCAGUAGUGAUAAAUUACCGUUUGAUUGUGGAAUGGAAGCAUUAGGUGUAAUAGAGGCGAUCGGUAAAAAUGUGAUYAAUUUCAAUGUGGGACAAUCAGUAGUGGCAUAUASUAUAACACCAAAAGCAUAUUCUGAAUAUUUGUAUAUAAGUGCCGAUGAAGUACAUCCCGUUCCGAGUAUUAAACCAGAAUUUCUUUCACUUUUUGCUUGUGGUUUGACAGCAGCUAUUGGUUUGGAUGAGGCCGGUCGUAUAAAAUCGGGUGAAAAAGUAUUGAUAACAGCAUCUGCCGGCGGAACCGGACAUAUAGCUGUUCAAUGGGCUAAACAAAAGGGCUGUUAUGUCAUAGGAAUGACAUCAUCUACAGAAAAGGCUAAACUACUCAAAGAAUUGGGAACCGAUCGAGUGAUUAAUUAUAAGACUGAAAAUUUAGACGAAGUGCUCACUAAAGAGUUUCCGAAUGGUAUUGAUGUGAUUUGGGAGACAAUCGGAGGUAAAACAUAUGAAACACUGUUUAAUCAUUUGGCACCAAAAGGACGACUCGUUAUUGUUGGCAGUAUUAGUGGUUAUCAAAGUGAUGAUCAUAUUUCUGACAUUCAAAUUAAUAAUUUAAAUACAAAGUUAAUGUUUGGAAACAAAAGUCUUGUUGGAUUUGGACAGUUAGCAUAUAUUGAUUUGUUACCCAAAUAUCUAAAACAAUUAAUUGAAGACAUAAUGAAUAAUAAACUGAAAACUAUUAUAGAUUUAGGUUAUAAUGAUUCUGACGGAGAAUUUUUUGGUUUGGAUGGAGUAGUCCGAGGGGUUGAGUAUUUGCUUUCGGGUCGUAAUAUUGGUAAAGUUGUUGUCAAAAUUCAAAAUUAUUAA